UUGAUUAUUAAUCAAAGUUCAUAAUUGAGGUAAAUAUCUCCAUGGGAAUUGUUAAGAAUAUAACCUAUCAUUCUUCCAUCGGUGAUCUACUUGUUGAGCCUUUUUGUUAAUGUGUGGGAUAUGUGAUCGUUUAGUCAUACCUUGCACUGCAGGAGGGGGGCACUCCGGCCGUGGUGCUUCAUUCUCAAUGAAGCUGCUGAAGGAGAAGCAUCGCGUUCGAGUGUAUUUAUUGAUUUCCUUUCCCCUUCUCAGGGUGUAACAUUUUGGAGGCACCGCUGGGAUAGGGAAAACAGACCACCGAGCAUACAUGGAGAAAUGGAAACAAGAAAUGCAGGAGGCACAUGAAAUAGUACGAGAGAACGCAAAGAAGGCAGCAGAGAGAAGUAAAAAACAUUAUGAUGGGAAAGUAAGAAGCUCUGUGCUAUGUCCUGGCGAUCGAGUCCUUGUUCGAAACCUGACACCUAGGGGAGGAACUGGAAAGCUUCGUAAUCACUGGGAACAGGAUAUUCAUGUUGUGAUCCGUCAGGUUGCAGAAGGCCUCCCGGUGUAUGAAGUCAAGCCUGAGCAAGGAAGAGGAAGGUCAAGAACCAUGCAUCGCAACUUGUUGCUGCCGUGUGAUUACUUACCUCUGGAAACUGAGCCAAAAGCACCACCAAAGCAAGAGAAAAGAAGGGUGAAGGAGACAGAGACAGAAAAUGCAGAUCAGAAAGAGGAAGAUGAAGAAGAGGAAUGGGUGUACUGUUACAAACCAGUAAUACACUCUCAAAUGCCCCAUGCAGACGGAGUGAUUGAGCGUGCAGACACACAACAGGACAGUGGUCAGGAGAAACAAAAUUUGAGUGAUGAUGAAUUGAUUGAAGGAAGGCUCAUAGCAAACACAGAUGAGCCUGAAACACAGCAGGAAAAUGUGCCACAGGAAGAGAACUAUCAGGACAGGGAUGAGAGCUUAGUUGAAAAAGCAGUGGAUGAAAUUCCAGCAUUCCAACAUCUAGAGCCACCUGGAGGAGAAAAAGAACAGACAGAUGGUGCACCAAGGAGGGAAAGACGAGCCCCUAAAGUCUUCACCUAUGAUCAACUUGGGACUCCAACAUGCUAUAGUACAGCAUAUGGAAAUGAAAGGCUCUACCAACAUCAGCCCAUACAAUAUCAACACAUUCGACCAGUGACACUGUGGACCAAUCCAUUCCAGACCUACCAACCUAUAAGUAUGCAAGGAUACUAGACACAGAUUCAGUGCCGAAAAUGAUGAAUGAAGAGAACAGAUCACUAAAUUUGGGUGAUUAAUUGGCGGUACCCUCCCACCGAUCACGUGGUUGAGCCAACUAGGAUAUAAUGACUUAAGAACCCUUGGUUUAUGAGUGCUGUGAUGUCGGGACGACAUCUAACUUUGUAGGGGAGAGUGUGAUAGGUUGAUUUUAUUAUUCUAUUGAUUAUUAAUCAAAGUUCAUAAUUGAGGUAAAUAUCUCCAUGGGAAUUGUUAAGAAUAUAACCUAUCAUUCUUCCAUCGGUGAUCUACUUGUUGAGCCUUUUUGUUAAUGUGUGGGAUAUGUGAUCGUUUAGUCAUACCUUGCACUGCAGGAGGGGGGCACUCCGGCCGUGGUGCUUCAUUCUCAAUGAAGCUGCUGAAGGAGAAGCAUCGCGUUCGAGUGUAUUUAUUGAU